AAACUCCAAUUAGCGAAGCGCCCGCGGUGGUGAACAUUGAGUCUCCCCAGCUGGAGCUUGCCUUGUUUCCAGAGCAAAAACUCCAGGCUCCCUAUAAAAGACCUCAUAACCAUUUCUCCUCAUUCUCUCAUCUUCACAUCUCCCCUUGAGCUCCCGCUGAACAGAGUCUGUGAAGAUGUGCUCCCGCCAGGACAAGGAUCAGUGCCACCGGCAGGAACGGUCCUCGUGCCACAGCAGUGAGGGGUGUGGAGGGGGCAGAGGGGGCUCCGGGUGCCAUGGGAGCAGUGGAUCCAUGUGCCAUAGCAGCAGUGGUGGGUUUGGAUGCCAUAGGAGCAGUGGAUCUGGAUGCCAUGGGAGCAGUGGAUCCGGAUGCCAUGGGAGCAGUGGUGGGUCUGGAUGCCAUGGGAGCAGCGGGGGAUCCUGCCAUGGAAAGCCACAAGAUUGCCAGCAGCAAAUCUACCAAGUAUCCUCAAAGAUGAAGUGACCAGGACAUUACCUGCUGUUCUGCACAAGUUUAGGAAUCCUUGCGUGUCUCCCAGCACUCAUAGAACAUAAUUUCUCUUCCCUCCCCCCCCCCCCCCGGCCAGUCUUGAAUCUCUGAUGGGUUUAUCUGUGGGCACCAGAAAUGCACUGCAUGUGUUCACGCUGGCGCGGUGUUCUCUCUAUCCAUCCUUGACAAUAAACGAGCCAUUGCAAUUUGCAGCA